AUGAUAAAAAAAAUUACAAGAAAUGGGAUACUAGAAGAGGUAGCAAAAAAAACGAAAUGUUGGAGCCUUUUGAACAAUAACAAAUAUGGUGUAUUAUUUAAUCAUAAUAAAUAUAUAUCAUAUGAUGAAAAAAUAAAAGAAAAAUCGAAUUUAGAUGAAAGCAGUGAAACAACUGACACAUUGUGUAAUGUAAAUAGUAAUUUUGAUGUAAAAAAUAUAUUAGUUCAUGAUAAGUAUAAAAUCCAAGUAGCUUUAUGUAUUGAUAGAUUUCCUUUAGAUUUUAUUCCUGAAAAGUUUGAAAAAGAUUUUGAUGAUUUCAGAGAUAAAUGGUUGUUACGAACAAAUAAUAAUUUAGAAAUAAGUGAAGAAUUUUUACACAUGAAAUAUAAUUUAAGUUCUUUUCAUGAUAAAAAAAAAAAUGAAAAUAACAAUGAACAAGAUUAUUUGAAAAAACAUCAAAACAAUAAAGGAGAGACAAAUGAAGCUAAUACAGAAAAGGAAACAGAACACGAAGAAAAUGAUCAAUCAGAGCAAGACAAUUUAGAAAAUUUAUUUAGCAUAGAAGGAAUGGAAAAUAUUUUAAGUUUAAAAAGAAAAUUAGAUCAAGAGAAAAAAAAAAAGCAAAGUGAUAUAAAUAAUAUAAAUGAAAAAGGGGAUGAUGAUGAUAAAAUAAAUGAAUAUCCCUUUAGAAAUAUUAAACGAAAGCCACAUGACUUUUUAUAUUUAUUAGUAAAAUAUAAAAAAACUGAUAAUAACAAUGAUAAUAAUAUAGUUAACAAAUGGAUGUUCCCUUUUAUAGAUUUUAAAAAAAAGUUACUGAUAAGAGAAAAUUUACAAUAUUUAUGUUCACAUCAUUUAAAAUGUGAAAUUCCAUUUUUCAUUGGUUAUUCUCCAUGUACCUUUGAAAAAAGAAAAUUUAAAACGCCUUUAAUACCAAAUGAAAUUAUAGGAAGAAAAAUAUUUUAUUAUAGAGCUCAUUAUACAAAUAAUGAUGCAAAUAUAAAUUUAAUACAAAAUCAGUAUAUACAUGACUUUGCUUGGGUAACACGCUCCGAAUUGAAACAAUUUUUAUCCAUCAGCAAAUAUCAUGUCAUAAAGGAUUCGAUACCUUUGACCUGA